CUUCAAGCUUCAUAGCAUUUACGUUCCUCUAACUAGUCUCGUCGAUUACAACUCAGAUCAGACAUUAUGGCAUCAGACCCGCACCAAGGAGGCCGUCUUGAGGACAUGGCCGCAAAGGGCACUUCGAUUCCUGGUGACGCUGGAAAGAUGAACGUGGUCUCACCUUCUUCUCACCCAGAUCAGACCCAUACAAAUAUCGCACACGCAGCGGAUAAUGCGUUCGAUAUCCCACGCAGUGUCAACGACCGCGGACAGACAGGCGAGGUCAUGACCGGCACUGGUGACCAGUUGCCAUCAAGUGUGGAGAAGAAGAACCUAGACGACGCAAACUUUGACCCUAGAGCAAAGGGUCACGACCAAUAUGCGAAGCACGCCCGACAGGAUAAUCCUAUGGAUAGCUUGAAGCAUGGUGCUGGCGACCAUAAUGUAGAGGCUGCACCGGGUGAAGAGGAAGAGAGUCAGGAUGCGCUUCUGAACAAGAGAGGCGCGCAGUAGGUGUUGAAAGAAGCUGCAACUCUAAUGUAUAUACUGUACGAUUUCACGACCGAAUAAAAGCCAAGAGGCUUGAAAUUAACUCCAU